CACUGUGAAAGCCCGUUGAUCUACUCCGAACUCUGAAGCAUCUACACUCUGCAUUCUAUCUGCCAAUCUCAAUUGAUCCAAAUUCCAGACCGUCUGGAUUGGAUUCCUGCAAAACCCUAGCAGUUGACCUCGAGUUUGAACGGACAAGGAAAACAGAGAAGUAAAGAAAGAAAGAAGAUGCCUCAGGUGAGGAUCAUCGCGAAGAAUUUCAUGGACAUGGUGGCUUCCCUGCCUGCCAUGAAGCUUGACGCACUGUACCGCAAUCAAUUCAUAUGCGAAGCAAUUCUCAGGUCCCUGCCACCUCUGGCAAAGAAGUAUGUGCUACAAUUGUUGUACAUUGAUGUCCCGGUGACAGCCAAGUUGUUGCAGGAGUGGGUGGUUGCAGAUGGGUCUACGAAGCACAAAGUUGCCAUUGAUAGGUUGAUUCAGUUAAAAGUAUUAGAGGCCAUUGAUAGGAAGAAGGAAACCACUUACAGAUUAAAUCCAACAUUUCAAACCAAUCUACGGCAGCAUUUAAUAAAAGGUGGAGUUUUGCCGAGGGAACCAAUGCCUCCAAAUACUGUGAGGAGACCAAGUUUAGAGGAACUUGAAACCUAUGCCCUUGGACAAUGGGAGUGCUUCUUGCUGCAACUUAUAAGUUCAGGCCAGUCCGAAAGGCAAACAAACUUUAGCCCUUCCAUGAUGAGAAUUUUCCAGCGUGGUCUUCUUAGUCAGAGCCGAGACAAAGAAGCUCCAAGAUUAACUGAUAGUGGUUUCCAGUUCUUGCUGAUGGAUACAAAUGCACAACUUUGGUAUAUUAUCAGAGAAUAUAUCUCAAAUUCUGAGGAGCAAGGUGUAGACCAAGCAGAUUUAAUUGCAUUCUUGCUUGAGCUUAGUUUUCAUACUACCGGUGAGGCAUAUAAUACAAAUACACUAACAGAUGAGCAAAAGAGUAUGAUAAAGGACCUUGCAGACUUAGGAUUGGUCAAACUUCAGCAGGGCAGGAAGGAGAGUUGGUUUAUACCCACUAAAUUGGCAACAAAUCUUUCAUUGAGCUUGACAGAUUCAUCAUCAAGGAAAGAGGGAUUUGUUGUUGUGGAAACGAACUUUAGGAUGUAUGCAUACUCAACGUCAAAGUUACAUUGUGAAAUUUUACAGCUUUUCUCAAGGAUAGAGUAUCAGCUUCCAAAUCUCAUAGUGACUGCAAUGACAAAAGAAAGCUUGUAUGCUGCUUUUGAAAAUGGCAUUACUGCUGAGCAGAUUAUCACAUUUCUGCAGCAGAAUGCCCAUCCUCGAGUCACUGAGAGAGUACCAUCUGUUCCUGAAAAUGUCACGGAUCAGAUACGAUUGUGGGAAGCUGAUUUGAAUAGAGUUGAGAUGACUCAUGCACAUCUCUAUGAUGAAUUUCCUUCAAGGGAUGUCUAUGAGGAAGGAUGUGAAUUUGCUCGGAUGCAUGGUGGUUUGCUUUGGGAGGAUGCUAAAAGAAUGCGCAUUGUUGUCAAGGCAGAGAUUCACAUGCAUAUGAGGGAGCAUCUACGUGGUCAAAACAAGUGAACCAGAUUCAUCACUUAUGUGAUGAUGAGAGAUAAAUCGGAGAUUCAUUUUGGGCGGAGGAUUAUCAGUCUGGGGGGCUGAAUAAUGAAUACAUUGGACCCAGCAAGGCUGCUAGUAUACGGGAAACAAUUUUAAAGAUUUUAUUUUUAGUGGAUAUUUCCACUUAGCUAAGCUUUGUUGGUAACAAUUUUAAAGCUGCAUUUGGGAUUUGCUUAUAGCAGUUGCGUUUUUACCCAGCAAAUUAUUAAAGAGGUUAAAAUGCCAAUUUGGUCCCUCAACUUUCAGAUCUGUACCAAAGUUAUUUUUAAAUUUUAAUUUUCAAUACCAAAAGUGCUUCUAUUAAUAGAAGUAUAAUAUGAUU